AUGGAUCACCAGGAUGACACAGAACCUGAUGAGCAUUUCACUAAAAUCAAAACUGAGGAACGUGUCCAGGACAAAACGCAAGAGGGUAGCUGUAACUAUCCAGAAAGGAUUAAAGAUGUCCAUUCCAUCUUGUUCAAGAAAGUGCUGGAAGAAGUUGAUAAGCGGCCCCCAUCAUCUUCAGAAGGAGAGAAGAACUUCAUUUUGCUGAAGACCGUGCAUUUGAAAACAGAGAAAGAUAAUAUCCAGGGGCCUUGUUUAAUUGAUCACCCAGUGGAGCUGCAUACUAUGUUGCGAAGAGAGGCAGAUUUCAUCCGCUCGUUGGAGAGAAUGCCAAAUAGCAUAGAGAUUCAGGAGAACCCACGGAAAGUCCUGGCAGUAAGUUUGCCAGAAAGCAUUUAUGCACUUCAUGAGAUGGAAGUGAUCAGUGGUCCAAAAGACAAACCAGGAUUUGAGGAAGAGAGAUGGUCAAUUGAGAAGGAUCCAUAUAUUCCUCAGAGCAUGGAGUCUAUAAAUCCAAGGCCGGUGUCUUGCAAGCAGUGGAACAGAUGUGAAAUGUUUCUGAAAGUGAUGCCACCCACCAGCAAACAGACACUCCUUUUCUGCAUUCCUGAUGGAACACAUAAGGUUGAUAGAGAAGAAGAUGGAGAUGGAGGCAGGGACUGGCAGCUCCUUGUAGCCGAAGAGGGAAGAAUUGCUUCUCUGCCUGACUCUGAAGCAACAUAUAUUGCAAAUGGAGGAAAUAAAGCCACGCUGUUGCACAAUUCUGAAAGUAAAGCCCAAAGCAAGGACAGUAUAUCCCAACCUCCUGUUGCAAUAAGCCGUGACGUUUCUUUAGAAAUCCAGGAGGACAUAGUCCAGCAAGGGAAAGAGUGCAUAUCAAUUGCUCAAAAACAGACAGGUAAUGGCACUUCUCCUGAAACAUGUAAAAUUAUCAGCAACUUUCUUUCAGGAAGCAUUCAACAACACUGCAAUCUGUGUCUGUUUGCCACAUUCAGUCUGUCUGACUUUAAACGCCAUAUGAAGAAACAUUCCCACGAAAAGCCACAUCUGUGCCACAUCUGUCUUAAAGCUUUCCGUACGCUUUCUCUGUUGCGCAACCACGUGAACGCCCAUACAGGGACCAAGCCACACAAGUGUAAAGAAUGUGAUAAGGCCUUUGUGACAGUGGGGGAACUUUCCCGCCACAAGCGAUAUAAACAUACUCUGGAGAAGCCCUUUAAAUGCUCCAUCUGUAACUACUGCAGUGUGGAGGCCAGCAAAUUGAAGCGUCACAUUCGCUCACAUACAGGAGAGCGCCCUUACAGUUGUACGGUGUGCUCCUAUGCUAGUAGGGACACUUACAAAUUGAAAAGACAUAUGGUAACUCACUCAGGUGAAAAACCCUUUGAAUGUGUGAUUUGUAAAGCCAGAUUCACACAGGCUGGGACUUUGAAGUUCCAUGUUUUGCAUAAACAUGGGGAAAAUGUACCAAAAUACCAGUGUCCGCAAUGUGCCACAUCCGUUGCCCGGAAAGGCGAUUUAAGUAUCCACUUGCGAAACCUGCAUUCUUACAUUGAGAUACCGGUCAAGUGCAAUUAUUGUGAGAGUGCCUUCCAUGAGCGUUACGCUCUGCAACAACACAAGAAGAUACACAGAGAUGAAAAGAAAUUCAAGUGUGAUCAAUGCAGCUACACGUGCAAACAGGAACGCCAUAUGAUUGUGCACAAGCGGACGCACACUGGUGAGAAGCCCUUUGUUUGCCUCUCCUGCAACAAGGGCUUCCGGCAGAAACAGCUCUUAACCAUUCACUUCAAGAAAUACCAUGACUCCAGCUUUGAGCCAAAGGUCUAUGCAUGUCCCAAGUGUGGCAAGGCCUAUUCACGUUGGAAUAACAUGUGCAAGCACGCUGAAAAAUGCAAGGAGGCAAGAGCUUUUGAAAGCUCUCCAUCCUGCAGAGCAAGCAAGAGGAAGAAAAAAGAAAGUCAUCCUAUGGCCAGACAAGAAGGUAACAAAUGCAAUGAUCACAAUAAAAUGCAGCAAGAAGAAGAGCUUUGG